GUAAAAACAAAAUGGCGGUUGAAAUGGAAAAUGUGUUUUCAAUAUUCAGAGGACCAAAUGGGACUAUUUUUGCGAUCAUUUUUGCAACUUUAAUAGUUCUCUUAACUAUAGGUAUGUAUUUUAAAUUUAUGGAUUCCUGCAAUCUAUUACCAAAAAAAAUCCUGUGAAAUUUGUACAAAAAAUCUAUUGAAAGUUGAAAACUAAUAAUGAGUCAUCAUUUAUAAAGUAUUUUGAUUGUUGUAAUGGAUAAAUUGUUGUACUUAGAAAAAAUAUCCUUAAUUUAAAGUUUGUAAAACAAGGAUAUAUGUGUUUAUAAAAAUAAAAUAAUACAUGUUUUUAAUAAAUAUAUUAAGUAAAAUAUUUUAUAUUUGUUUUGAAGUGGCUAUAUGCCUGUCUUAGGCUGUCUAGAAUAAAAUUUUGAUUUUUAUAAAAUGAACCAGAACUGACCCUGACCUAGAGAGUUAAUAUAAUAGUCUGAAAAAAAGUGCUUGAACAGGGUUUCAAUCAUCAACAUCCAAAGCUUGAAAUAUAACUGAAUAACUGAUCAAUGAUCAGGGUUUUAUCACUUUCAGGAUGAUAUCAUAAGUGUCCCUUGUUUGCUGUACUCACUUGCAACAUGAUAUGAUUGAUACCGUCCCUCGAGCGAUAACACUGAUCAAUAUCACUUUGCCUCUCAUAUAAUAACCUAUAUAUAUGUAUGAAGGAAGACACUUUUGUAUAUUUAUUAAAAAUAUGUUUGUCCAGUUCUAGCAUGGGUGAUUGGGAGAAGUCGAAACAAACGUAAUACUGUGUUGCUUGUUGGAUUGUCUGAUGCUGGAAAAACACUACUUUUUACCAGGGUAAGUAAAAUCCUUACGCUCUACCAGUGUGGAAAGUUUGCAACCGAGGUAUAGCAUACAAUUUUCAGAAUAUUGCACCUACAAUUUUGAACUGUUGGGGUUUGUAAAGGGUCCUGUAGCCAUAUUUAGUCUAGUAUACAUCAAUGACACUGUUAACCCAUUAUUGUGUUGCAUUGUGCCACAAUGUACCCAACUUUCUUAUUUUACCCCCAAUGGGUUAAUAACAAAUUGAUUAUGUAAAACAUGUCCAAUGCAUUUACUAUAAAUACCUUGACUUUUUAAUGUCUGCUUGAGAAACUAAUUUCCCUCACUCAAUCUCUAAGUAUCUGAUAUUAGAAUAACGAAUGUUUGUCAUAUUGUAGCUUUACUAUAACAAGUUUCUUGCCACUCAUACUUCCAUUAAAGAAAACAAAGGAAGCUACGUACCUGAACAGGUUUGUAACAAAAUUUGUCAUAGUAAAGUAAAGUUGAUAUUUUGUGUGGUCUAACAUUUUUCAAACAUCUGCAGGCACAAGAUGGAAAAUUCUUGGAAUUAAUUGAUGUUCCAGGAAAUGAGAAGCUAAGAGGAAAGUUUAUUGGUCAGUUUAAAGACCUUGCUAGGUAUUGAACCAUUUAUUUUGUUUAUUGUCAGAACCACAGCAGGAAAUAAUGGUGGAGAAACUAUGGCAUUGCAUAAUGCUAUCAGGCCCAGAAAAUAGUUUAUUACAAAGGCUAUUAGUGAGCUCGGCAGAAAACUUUGACCACAAAACUUAGGAUGCCAGAAUUCAGAAACAAAAAUAUUAUUUCCUGCUGAGAACUAACCUGUUGAUUCAUGAAUAUUUUAGGGGAAUAAUUUUUGUGGUGGAUAGUGUAAAUUUUACACGAGAACUUCAUGCAGUUGCUGAGUAAGUGAAAUUUCUUACAAAACAUAUCUAAUCAUGCAGAUUUUGAAAUUUGUACGAAGUAGGAGAGUGGCAAAUCAGUAAUCACUCCAGGUUUAAGUAAAGAGAGUGAUGAUAGACUGUGAUUAUGCAUCAAAUUCUGUAAACUGAAGCAGGAAAAUGACGUUCCAGAAAGAUGAAAAUGUCCAGUUUAUUGUAAUAAAUAUUUCUUGUGGGAAAAUAAAAACUGAAAAAGAAAUAUUUGUUUGGCCACAUCCAACAGAACCCUAAUGAAUUGGAGAAAUCUUAUUGUAAAAUUUUCUAAGUGAGAAUUGUCUAAAAUGGGAUCCCUAGAGAUAUUGCAUAUUGUAAUUAUUGAAAUGGUUAAUAAAAUUAAAAUAUCCUAAAUAUUCUAUUCUUUUUUAGAUGUUUAUUUGACAUUCUGAGCAACAAGACAUUUAAUAAGCUCUCACCACAACUACUUAUUGCCUGCAAUAAACAAGGUAGCCUCAAGUUAUUCUUUAUCACGGUCAUUUGGUCGAAAACUGUCCGACCUUUUUUCCAUCAAUAACAUCAUAAAUUGAAAUCUUGCUAUUGAACUUGCAGACCUCACGACAGCAAAAUCCAUGAAUGUUAUCAAGUCACAACUAGCUAAAGAAAUGUAAGUUCUCUUCAUUCAAUAUCUUGUGCUUUACAUUCUCAUGAGGGAGAAAAUGUUUCUUUAAUUUUUCAUGUAUUAACCAAAAACCAUUAACUAGCUUGCCAACUCAGAAAAUUAUAGAACGUACUGUGCGCUAUAUAUCAGAGCUCCCAAAUGGUGUUUUUAGAAAUUUACUUUUGAAAAAGAAAUGCACUGCUUCCAGCAACGUAAUCUUCGGAAAUAAAAUUUUGCGUGCGCGAUAAAUAUUGUGCCGAAAUUAACGUGUGCACGAGCUGCCCCCAGAUUAGCAUGGUAUUAGUUUGAUGUGUUCAUUUUCUCAGCAAUACGUUACGCAAGACUCGGGCUGCUGCUGUCAAAGGUUUAGAUGAACAGUCCAUGAGUCGUGACGAAGUUUUUGUUGGCCAGAAAGGAAAGGAUUUUGAUUUUGCUGAUUUACGUGCGAUCAAAGUUGAAAUUAUUGAAUGUAGUGCAAAGGGGGAAGCUGAGACUGAUUUGAAAGAUGUUCACGAGUGGUUAAAUAAACUCAUCUGAAACUGUUGUCUAAAAGAACUCGCUUGAGAAUACGCUUGAGAAGUUUAUUUGCUUUCUGGUCAGGGGACGGUUGUUCAAAGCUGACCCUGGGUUAAAAUUUAACAUCCUGUUUUGGUUUGUUCACUUCUAUCAUAGUUAAUAGAACAGAUGGUUUCGAAACUCAUUAGAAUAACAAUAUAACUCAUUAUCUAUGUUAGUCAUAGCCUGUGUAGUGGACUGGGACACAGGCUAUGUUAGUCAACGUUUAUUCAUAAAUAUGGUCCUUCACCGUCACGUGUGUAUUGUAUUUUUGCCGAAUCCACCAAUAGCAAUUUCCAAUUUACCCUAUUGUUCGAGUCACAGAUAGGUAACUUUCCUAAAACAUUGCUGUUGGUUAGUUGGGCAAAAAUACAAUACGCACGUGACGGUGAACGACCAAAUUUAUGAAUAAACGUUGACUAACAUAGAUAAUGAGUUAUAUUGUUAUUGUAAUGAGUUUCCAAACCAUCUAUUCUAUUAAUUGUUAUUCUAAUGAGUUUCCAAACCAUCUAUUCUAUUAAUUAUGCUUCUAUUUAUUUCAAAACUGAAAAAUAAAUCUUGUAUUGAUCAAGACAUGAUUUCUGGAAAACUAUUUCCAUGUUUAAAAACAAGCUGUUGGAAAUAUUUCUUUGACGUUUUUUGAGGAUGAAGCUAACCUAGGCAUUCGAACAACCGCUCCUUGUUGAAAGAUAAAAAGACAAAGUGUAACUGUACGUUCUUGGUUUGAUCGUGAAGGACUUUGAUCAGUUUUCCAAGAAAUUAUUCAGUUUGUUAACUGUCAUCUUUAUUGAAUAUGCUCAGGAAAAGUACAUCAAAUGCGAGUGUUUGAAAUAAUUCGUAAACACAAGCAACUCUUUGUUGAAUAAGUGCCUAACAUUAAAAAUAUUUUUAAAAUCCUAGCUUCAAUAUUGGUACCCAUGCUGUAUAUUUAGUAGUCUUCCUUAUCGUAACGUUGAAACGUUCGCAAAGAGACUGGUGUCUAACAUGGCACUAUCUCGUUAGCUUUUCCUAAUAACUGCAAACACACGUCAUUGCUUGUAGGUUCGUAAAUGCCAUCAUUCAGAAGCAGGAUACAUUUAGGGAUGCAUUCUUGUAAGCCAUUAUGACACUAAAAAUAGAAAUACUCAGGAUCAUUGAUCUCAAAGAUAUACUGCACAGCGCAACCCGUUGUUCUCUAGCUAAAAACGUUCGGAAAUAUGAAACAAAACAUACUCCGUGCAAACGUAUUGAAAUGAAAUUAAAAUAUCACCCUAAGUACUUCGUGUAGUUGAUAACUCAGGGCUUCAAAUCUUCAAUGUACAAAAUACUCCGAGAAUGUUUUGUUUUGGUCAUGAAUAUGGAGCUCAGAGUUUUCUUGACUAUUUCUAGAACUGUAGUUUCCA